AUGCAGGAGCUGGAAGAGGCGGAGAAGUGGAGGACCGACGUGCCGGAGCGUUACAGCGGCAGCAGCUUCAUGCGCCGCGAGCUGAGCCUCGUGGAGCGGGAGGCAGACAGGCGCUUCCUCCAGGCGGCCCAGCGCCCGAGCAGCGCACCUGCCGCGCCCGCCGGCCUGGCAGCCACCCAGCGGCCCAGGACGGCAGAGGACGUGCUGCAGGCCGCGCUCCUGCCCGCCCCCGGCGCCGCGGCGCGGCGGCGGCCCGCCACCGCGCAGCUCCCCCGCGCCGGCUUCGGCAGCUCGGCCCCGCGCCUGGCUGGCGCUGCGCAGUCCGGUGCCGCCGCGGCGACGCUCCGGCCCGGGAUGGUGACGGGAGGCGCCCGCCGCGCCGAGGAGGCGCGCGCCCUCGGCCCCGGCUGCUACGGCGACAUGCAGCACGUGGGGGCCCUGCAGUGGCACCACGAGCACGGGACGCUCCGGCCCGGGAAGGAGUUCCUGCACACCCACAGCGCGCCCGUCCUCGUCACCUUCCCGAAGCGGAGGGAGCACCAGGCGAGGGUGAAGAGGGCCUCGGAGUGCCCCGGCCCCGGGCACUACGACCCGCCGGGCGCCCUCGGCCGGCCGUGGCAGUGCUCCCCCGCGCCCGGGAAGAGCUUCGCCAGGCGCCGGCCGCGGGCCGCGGGCCGCGGGCCGGCGGCCGCGCCGGCCGCGCAGUAG